AUGGCGACCUCCGACCGACGAUCGUUCUCGCUUUCCCGAGUUACACAGUCCUCUCUCACGGAUGCCCCGGCCGAGAAGAAGACACCGCAGACGUUGACGGAAAAGAUUGUGCAGCGCCAUGCUGUCGGUCUUCCGGAGGGAAAGGUCGUUCGGAGCGGCGACUACGUACAGAUCGAGCCCUCCCGUUGCAUGUCUCACGACAACACCUGGCCUAUCGCCAAGAAAUUCAUGUCAAUGGGCGCUACUCGUAUCAAGGACCCGUCGCAGCUGGUUUUCGCUCUCGAUCACGACGUACAGAACAAGAGCGAGUCCAACCUGAAGAAGUAUGAGCAGAUUGAGGCAUUCGCGAAAGCGCACGGCGUUCCUUUCUUCCCCGCCGGCUACUCGAUCGGUCACCAAGUCAUGGUCGAAGAGCUCUUUGUCUGGCCAGGCAAGAUGUGCGUGGCUUCAGAUUCCCACAGCAAUACCUACGGUGCGCUCGCGAAUCUCGGCCUCGCUGUUGUUAGAGCAGACGCAGCAGGAAUCUGGGUUACCGGAAAGAGCUGGUUUCAGGUCCCUCCCGUUGCGAAGGUAACCUUUACCGGGACAUUGCCUUCAGGUGUCACUGGAAAAGACGUCAUCGUGGCGUUGUGUGGGUUAUUCAAGAGCGAUGUCCUGAACCACGCGGUUGAGUUUACCGGCUCCGAGGAGACAAUGGCCAGUCUCUCGAUUGACAAUAGAUUGACCAUCAGCAACAUGUCCACCGAAUGGUCUGCCUUGGCAGCGAUGUUCCCUAUGGACCAGACUCUAAAGCGCUGGCUACGGUACAAGGCCACAGAGGCAGCCAUGUUUCCGGACCGGACAACCAAAGAGCGGGUUACGCAUGAAAAGAUUGACGAGCUUUACGCCAACCCUGUUCAGCCUGACCCCGGAGCUCACUACGCCAAGCAACUCUACCUCAACCUCUCGACUCUUUCGCCUUACAUUUCGGGUCCUAACUCUGUCAAAAUCUCAACGCCACUGAGCGACCUUGCCCCCGAGAAAAUCAAGGUGGACAAGGCAUACAUUGUGUCUUGUACCAAUUCCCGCGCCUCCGAUCUCGCUGCAGCUGCCAAGGUCUUCCAAGACGCGGCGAAGGCCAAUGGUGGCAAGAUCCCUAAGAUUGCCGAGGGCGUCAAGCUUUAUGUUGCAGCAGCUUCGACUCGCGAGCAGGAGAUUGCAGAAGACGAAGGUAGCUGGCAGACUCUACUUGAGGCUGGGAGCAUCCCGCUCCCGGCUUCCUGCGGACCCUGCAUUGGACUGGGGACCGGCCUGUUGGAGGACGGCGAAGUGGGAAUAUCGGCCUCAAACCGGAACUUCAAGGGGCGUAUGGGGUCUCGCAAUGCUCUUGCCUAUCUUGCCAGCCCCGAGGUCGUGGCUGCUAGCGCGCUCAGCGGCGUCAUCUCGGGCACGGGUGUGUAUGAGGUCCCGGAAAACUACGCUGGCGUGGAGUUUGGUUACGGCACUGGUGCACCAGCGACCACGGAAAGCCAGCUCGGCAAUGUCUUGGAACAACUCGAAUCUCUCAUCGACCGGGCCGAGUCUUCCGUAGGCAACAGCGACGCAGAGACUACCACUACUCAGAUCCUUCCAGGCUUUCCUGAGAAGAUUAGCGGCGAGAUCGUAUUCUGCGAUGCUGACAACCUCGACACCGACAACAUUUACCCAGGGAAGUCUGCCACAAGCUCGGGAGAAGGUUCGCUGCUAACUAGCAAGGUACAGGAAAGUACACAUACCAGGACGACAUUACGACAGAGGGUAUGGCCAACGUCUGCAUGUCGAACUAUGAUCCGAAUUUCAAAGUCAUCACCAAACCCAACGAUAUCCUCGUCUCUGGAUUCAACUUUGGCUGUGGAUCCUCGAGAGAGCAAGCCGCGACCUCGAUCCUGGCCAAGCAGAUCCCGCUCGUUGUGGCAGGUAGCUUUGGAAGCAUCUUCUCCCGCAACAGCGUCAACAACGCGCUGCUGGGCUUGGAGGUCCCCCGUCUCAUUGAGCGCCUACGCGCCACUUUUGGCUCGGACAAAGUGCUCACACGUCGAACUCAGUGGACACUGA